ACAUGAUAUGCCCAACAUGGGCAUCCAAAUUUUGGUGGUUCUCUAAUUUUGUGUUUGUGAAUCGAAGAAACUGGUGAUAUCGAGCGAAGAUGAUCGAAGUGGUGUUGAACGAUCGGUUGGGAAAGAAAGUGCGCGUAAAAUGCAAUGAAGAUGACACGAUUGGAGACCUGAAGAAGCUGGUGGCCGCUCAGACUGGUACCCGCCCUGACAAAAUCCGCAUUCAGAAAUGGUACAAUAUUUACAAGGAUCACAUCACUCUCAAGGAUUAUGAAAUCCAUGAUGGCAUGGGCCUCGAGCUCUAUUACAAUUAACUAAACUAAUCCUGUGACUCAUGUUCAUGUUGUAUUUGGACAUAUACAGUGUAACAGUCUGGUUUGUAUGCCCUAGCUAAUGGGUUUUGAAUGCUUAUACUAAAAAAAACUGUUUUUAUAUGAUUGCCAAUAUGAAAUUUGUUGUUUUGUGUUGCAA